UCUCUUAACAUCUUUCAUUCUCUAUCACACAGUGCAUCAGAGAUGUGUGAGCUUACGUUUGGGCUGGGUAUUUUCUUCAUCGUGUUUUUAAGGCCUGCGAAUUGUGUCAAUUUUGAACAGACUCCACUCUUGAUUGUCAACCAAAGUAGCGAGGCUAAGAUCAACUGCAAACAUGACGACAGUAGCUUACUUGUCAUGUUAUGGUAUCGACAACAGAGCAUUUCUCUUGAUCUAAUCGGCUAUAGUUACUCUGGAUCUCCACCAAACAAUGAGCCUGAAUUUAAAGAUCGGUUCACACAAACUAGAGAGAAAACAGAGACGGGAUCUCUAACCAUCUCAGAACUCGUUCUGUCAGACUCGGCUAUUUAUUACUGUGCUGCCAGUACACAGUGCCACAAAAUCAGUUUUUACUAUCCUGAUGUUACCAUCACAGAACCAACUUUAAAAAUUCUAAAUACGACCCGCUGUAAGGAAAAGGUCACUCUUGUGUGUGUGGCAGAAAACUUCUACCCAGACCAUGUCAGCAUCAAAUGGACACUUGGAGACAAAGAAAUAACAGAAGAUGUAGCGACAGACCCUUAUGCCACCAAAGAUGAAAACACAAAAAUGUUCAACAUAUCCAGCAGACUUAAAGUCUCUAAAAAAGAAUUCACACCAAAAAACACAUUCAGAUGUACAGUGACCUUCAACAAUUCAACACACGUUUCUGAAAAAACAGUUUAUAUCACUGGAACUGGAGGGGGUGAAUAUGAACCAGAAGACUAUUUAAAAUCAUCGCAGACGAUGAAGCUGGCAUACGGUGUGUUCAUUGCUAAGAGUGCACUGUAUGGCCUUGUCAUCUUUGUGUUCGUGUGGAGAAAGCUAAUUUUCCGCUUUCCUUCUCAAGCUGCAAACGUCACUCUACCUAAAGUCAAGAUCCUACCACCCUCUCCAAAAGAAAUCUGCUCCCAGGCCAAAAUAAAUGAUAAACGUUUAACUUUAGUGUGUGUGGCCUCAGGCUUUUAUCCCGAUCAUGUGAGUGUAUCCUGGAAAGUGAAUGGCGUAGAGAGACAGGACAGUGUAUCAACUGACACCUCAGCCCAACAGAACAAGACAACAUUAAUGUACCAUAUCAGCAGCAGAAUAAAAGUUAAUGACACAGACUGGAUGGAUCCCAAGAGUAGCUUCACCUGUACCGUCCAUUUCUUCAACGGAGAGAAAUAUGUCAAUGUCACAAACACCAUAAACGGUCAAAAAGUGAAGCCGAAAGGAUUGAAACUGCUUGGCUUUGGCUACAUCCUAUUCCUCAGCAAAAGCCUGCUGUAUGCGCUGGUUGUGGCUGGUGUGGUGUGCAAACUAAAGUUGCAGCGAAAUAAGAAGAAACAAUUACCAGAAGACUGAGAUACGCUGAAAAUUUGUCAGAGGCCAGAAAUGACUUUCUUUAUUAAUUUUCAAGUUGUGUGAAAUAUCUGAGUACUGCCAACAAUUUACUAGAUUCACUUUUGUUAUAUUUGUGUAUGUGACAUCAAAUCACACAUAUUAUAAUUGUUUUUCUUACUUUUUUUUUUUUUUUUUUU